AGAGGCUAAGCAGCUACAUGUUAACUAAAACACUAAAACACAAGAUCCAAUAAAAUGUUUUAAGGUAUUACAGUGUGUGGGCUAUAAUACCAUAUGUAUAUAUAGCCUACAUAUAAUACAUAUAUAGUAUAUGUACAGUUUUGGCCUACCGCAAAAAUAAUACUUAAUAGUUUUAGAAAUAAAUUCGCACAAAUGAAAAUCACAACAGCACAAACUAAAUACAAAGUUUUCAUAUAAUUUUCUGCCUGUUUUGAGGCUAUUUAACAUUUUGAGGGGCUGGAUGACGUCAUCGGAUGAAAAUAAAACUGCUAAUAUCUUAAGAACCAGAAUCACAGAAAUUGAACUUUUUGCAGCACAAAACAGCACAAGUGAAGCACAAACAUUGACACCAUUUUAGAGCAUUUUUAAGCUUCCUGGGGACUGGCUGACCCCAGUUUGGCCUAUAAAAGAAUUGUUAAUAUCUUAAAAACUAAAACAGCACAAACAAACGUUUUUGCAGCAAAAACGGAGCAGAAACGGUUGACAUAGUUUUGCUGCAGGUUUGUGUUUGAUGGGGCCCAACUUCACGCAGAUUCUGCAAACAAAGAUCCGCGGAGGGGGCGGGGCGUGCUGGACGUGGUUAAAGGUGCGCGCCAGCCCGCGGUCCCUGCAGGACUCUGGAGGCGCACGCACAGGUGGAUUCAAGUGACGUACACAGAGAAACACCUUCUGGAACAAAGUUGGAUCAGCUGAUUUUUGGAGACAUGGUAGAAGAGAUGAAAAACCUAAACCUCGGGAACAAAGAGAAGCUGUUGCUUGAUUCCACUUACUGGGACACGAAUCCGGCUCUGUGGCGAUACCACGGCUUUCCGCUGGUCGAGGACGUUCAUCUGCCUCAUGAGAUAGAGCAGAUCAGGGACCUGGAGAUCAGAGACUCGGACGUGUUUGUCGUCACAUACCCCAAAUCAGGGACCUCCUGGAUGCAGCAGAUCCUCUUGUUGCUCCUGUCCAAAGGCGAUAUCGAGUCCGUCUGUAAGAGGUCCGUGUAUUCAAAUUUUGAACUGAUGAGCUGGAUUGAAGUGCGGCAACAGGUCCAGAAGUUUAUCAAUGCAGAGUCUCCACGCUUCAGUUUGUCCCACCUGCUUUUCGACAUGAUGCCCACCGCUCUCGGCCAAAAGAAGGGGAAGGUGAUCUAUGUGGCCAGAAAUCCCAAAGACAUUGUCGUGUCCUACUACUAUUUCCACAAAAUAGGCAGAAUAUUGGAAACGCCCAAGAGUUUUGAUGACUUUUUUGACAAGUUCCUAAAUGGAGAAGUGAUGGCAGGAAGUUGGUUUGAUCACAUUAAGACUUGGUAUUCUCACAGAGAUGAGCUGAACAUGCUGUUCAUCACUUAUGAAGAAAUGAUCAUGGACCUCAAAUCUGCAGUGAAGAAGACUGCAGACUUCCUGGAGAUAGAACUGACCGAGGAUGAGCUGCAGAACGUGGUGAAGCACAGCACCUUUGAAAACAUGAAGCAGAAUCCAAAGGCCAACUAUAAAAAUAUGGCAAUACUGCUGGACAGUACCCAGGGCAGCCUCUUGAGGAAAGGAACUAUUGGCGACUGGAAGAACCACUUCACUGUUUCCCAGAACGAAAGGUUUGACAAAGUCUUCGAACGAGAGAUGAAGGAUUUCCCUGUGUCAUUUAUCUGGGACAUCAGAGACAACUCGUAAUCUACAACCUUUUGUCCAGUCAAAACCAGAGCAUCAUGGGAAAAAAACUACACAGACUUGCAAAUUGGGUAUCUUGAAAGGUGCAUUUAUAUAGCACCUUCCAAGAUACCCAAAGCGCUUUACAGUUCAUUAUUCAGUCACUCUACACUCAGUGGUGGUAAGCUACUACUGUAGCCACAGCUGCCCUGGGGAGACUGAGAGAAGCGAGGCUGCCAAUCUGUGCCAUCAGUCCCUCCGGCCACUGCCAUCACUCACACACACACCACUUUUAUACUAGGCAAUGUGGGUGAAGUGUCUUGCCUAAGGACACAAUGACAGUUUUUUUGCCACUGGCACCCCCCUGUGGCACCUGGAAAUUCCAGUGGUCUCCCAUCCAAGUCCUACCCAGGCCCGGUCUGCUGAGCUUCUGAGAUUUGACAGGAUCAGGCUUUGACUGUAUGGCCACAAUUCUUCUGCAGAUUUACCUAGUUUGCUCUAAAAUUACCACACAAAAAAGCACUAGAAACAGCAAAUAACACUACUAAAGAUGCACCGUGUAACUUUUUUUUUCUAUGGAGAUGUCAGUGCUCUGCCUGGAAUGUUCCACAGUGUGACAUUAAACAGCUCUACUUUACAUGUAUUAAAUUACAAGUGCAGGUUUUAUAGCUCAAACAUACCUAGAAAAAGAGGCAUUCUGAGUGUGAGCGGGGUCGCCUCUCCACAGAUCUGACCUGGAACUUGGCCUUGUUUAGUCUCCAUGAAAAUAGAAAGUUAAACAUUCCAGACAAAGCAAUAACAUCUCCCCAGAGACCAGAAAAGUAGCACAAUGUACCUUUAAAAAACACCAUUAGUUUAGUAGUAGUUUUUUUUUUCUUGUUGUGGUUUAAUGCUUACGUUCACUUUAAAAACAGCAUUGAAAACUGCUUUGCAGUAGCUAGUAUUUUGAUACAUAUUCUUCUUUAUAACCUAUAUGAUAAUUUAACAUUAUUUUCCAAAAAAAGAUGGUUUAAGCAGUAAUUUAGCUCCCUGCCUCGUUUCCAUGUCAGCCAUUUUGUGACAUGCACAGUCCUCGGCUCCAGGGUCGACUUGGGCUUGGUUCCACAUCCACAAAUGUUGGUCCUAGGCAGUGUUGGGAAGGUGACUUUAAAAAUGUAUUCCCCUACAGAUUACAUACCCCAAAAUGUAGUUUGUAACGUAAUCCAUUAAGUUACUUAAAGUGAGUAACGUAAUCUGAAUAGUUUGGAUAACUUGAUAUUGAUAUUGAUAUUGAUACUGGUUUUAGUCCUGUUUUUUUGUCUUAGUUUAGUCCUGGUUUAGUCCUGGUUUAGUCCUGGUUUAGUUCUGGUUUUAGUCCUGGUUUUAGACCUGGUUUAGUCCUGUUUUUUUGUCUUGGUUUAGUUCUGGUUUAGUUCUGGUUUAGUCCUGGUUUAGUUCUGGUUUUAGUCCUGGUUUUAGUCCUGGUUUAGUCCUGGUUUAGUCCUGGUUUAGUCCUGGUUUUAGUUCUGGUUUUAGUCCUGGUUUAGUCCUGUUUUUUUUUGUCUUGGUUUUAGUCCUGGUUUUAGUCCUGGUUUAGUCCUGUUUUUUGUCUUGGUUUAGUCCUGGUUUAGUUCUGGUUUAGCCCUGGUUUAGUUCUGGUUUUAAUCCUGGUUUUAGUCCUGGUUUAAUUCUGGUUUUAGUUCUGGUUUUAGUCCUGGUUUUAGUCCUGGUUUUAGUCCUGGUUUAGUUCUGGUUUUAGUCCUGGUUUAGUCCUGGUUUAGUUCUGGUUUUAGUUCUGGUUUUAGUCCUGGUUUAGUCCUGUUUUUUUUUGUCUUGGUUUUAGUCCUGGUUUUAGACCUGGUUUUAGACCUGGUUUUAGUCCUUGUUUUAGUCCUGAGUGUAAUCCUGGUUUAGUCCUUGUUUUUGUGCUGGUUUAACCCAAAAUAUGAAAACAGGAAAAUACCGCUGUGUAAUCCAUUUAUUUCAACAAAGUAACUGUAAUCCGAUUACCACUCACUGAAACAGUAACUGUAACCGAAUACAGUUACUCAUAAUUUGUACUCUGAUUACUUAACUCCGGUACAUGUAAUCUGUUACUCCCCAACACUGGUCCUAGGGAUGUUAAUAAUCUGGCAAAGUUUCAUGCUUGUAACAUAAAGGUGAACAAUUGGGCACUUUUUUGGUCCUUAACAGCUCCACGAAUAAAGAAGGAGGAAAAUAACAAAAGGACGACAGCAGCAAUAAGUUUUAAGAAGGAUAUAAAAAGUGUUGUAACUGUCCUGUGUGAGAAAAGUGUAUAAAGUGUGUGAUGAGGGGAUUUACAGCCUUAAAACAGAUAUAAUAAUUGUAAAAUAUAAAGUUGACUAGACGCAGAUGUAGUCGAUUGCGGGUUAUUUUUAGAACGUAACCCCCGCAAUAAACGAGAGACCACUGUAUUGAGAUUGCUGUGUGUUUGUUGUGUUGUUGUAUUGUGAGUUUGUUCAUUUCUGGUUCACAGACAGUGCGUGUGUGUAAAAGAAAAUUUAAAUGUUAUGUUUCAUUGUUGUGUAAAACUAUUGUGCUUUAUAUGCAGUGUUGGGAAGGUGAUUUUUAAAAUGUAUUCCCCUACAGAUUACAGAUUACAUACACCAAAAUGUAGUUUGUAACAGAAUCCAUUAAAUUACUUAAAGUGAGUAACAUAAUCUGAAUACUUUGGAUUACUUGAUUUGCUGUAGAGAAGCAAAGACGAGGAAAUCAUAACGUUUUGUCUGAUAAAAGAAAAUAAAAAGCCCAGACUUUACUGAACCAAAUUAAAAAUAUUAUUGAUAGAAGAGGAGGAGACACGGUCUGCACAAUAUGGUUUAGUCCUGUUAAAUCCUGUUUUAGUCCUGUUAUAGUCCUGUUUUAGACCUAGUUUAGUCCUGGUUUAGUCCUGGUUUAGCCCAAAAUGUGAAAACAGGAAAACACCACCAUGUAAUCCAUUUAUUUCAACAAAGUAACUGUAAUCCAAUUACCACUCAUUAAAACAGUAACUCAUAAUUUGU